GCAGCCGGUUAUGUAAAGGCGCCGACAGCUUUCCCACCCGGCCAGCAUCCAUUUCGUGGUACGCGGGACCCGUCGGCAGCCCCGCGGUAACGGCCGAGUCACCGGCGCGGUGCUCUACCGGCGCAACCCGUGCUCCCGGCAGUGCCGGCGGCGUGCCGGUUGGCAGCCGGUUUCGGUGGCGACAAAGCUCGGACGCAAAGGUCAUCCCCCUCCCCCGCACCGGUGGCCGUAGGCUUUGCCGGUUGCGUGCUAAGACUAUCCGGUGACGGUGCGGGCGGCGGUGGUGGCGGCAGAGCCAGGAGGGGGGGGAAGCUCCCGGCUGCUUUGGUUUUGGGGGUGAAUUUUUUGGGGGUGCAGUAAGAUGGCCGCUGGCUUGGGGCGAAGGGAUCCCCUUGGCCGUGACAGUUAAAACCUCGCCGGAGCCGCGCCCGGUGAGAGAUCCCCACCGAUCCGGUGCCGGCGCUUGCCAAACCGGCUCUGCGUGCUCGGUGGGGAGGGGGGGGGCGGCAUGGCCUUCGUCACGGCCUCCUCUUCCUCCUCGCUCCUGCGGUCGCUCGUCCCUCUAAUUAUUUACGACGAGGGCUCUGCCGGGGGUGUAAUUAAACCCGGGAGCCACCGCGGUGGCGGCCGGUGGCGUGGCCGUGCCGGCACCUUCCCCGAGCAGCCUGUCGGGUGAGUUCGUCAGGGCCGAAGCGCUAACGAGCGGCUGUAAUUACACGCUCGCACCGAGGAGGAGCUGGCACCGCCGCGGUUGUGGGAGCGCUCAGCUGGCAUUCGCUUCUUGUUUUGGCUCGCUUGCCGGUAUUUUUAGCGCCGUAGCGGCGAGGCACCGCGGGGGGAAGCCGGCGGUUCACCGGCACCGUGCCGAGCCGAAACCGUAAGGGAUUUUUAGCCGGAUGCGUGCCGGUGCUCAGCCUGAAGCUGCCACGGGCAUUUCGGAGCCAGGACCCCUAGCCCGUAACCGUGUUUCGGCGGCGUCGCGGUGGGGCCGGUUUAAUGCCCGGCUGCCGCGCUCUGGACCCGGCAGGAGGGAAGAUCCGAAAUCUUUUGGAGCCGGAACAAUGGACGCCGUGGGUAAACAGAUCCGGCGCUAAUCCCCGCGGCAGGGUCAGGCCUUUCCCAUCCCGGCUGAGGAUUAAAGCUUUUCCCGGCGCUCCCGGUCAUCCCGCCAGCAGGAAUCUCACCGGAAUACUCACUGCUGGAGUUUUCCCAUCCAUUGGGAACAGCCGCGCGUCCCUCGAACGAUCCCGGAGAAGCGUCUCGCCGGGAUGCCGUCUGCUUCCCGACCGCCUCCGGCAGCUCCCGCUGGAUUCGGUGAUACCUUCACCCGCUCUGCCGGGGAUUUUAUCGGCGAUACCUUUGCCCGGACGCCCGAGGUGAUGAAGACGGCUUCUCCCAUCCUCCCGAGGCAUCGCCUUCGGCAGACUCUGGAAAUUCGGCGCUGGCUCUUUGCUCUUGGGCUGGUUUUUUACCCCCGUCUGGUUUUUGGGAUGGAUGGUGGCGCUGCCGGGAUCUCCUCCGGUGCCGGUGGCUUUGACCUGGAGCUGCCACGAAGCGUGACGGUCCCACGUCUCCUUCCCCUCCUCGAGGGUUUUGGCAGCUGCUGUAAAUGUGUCUUAAACUGAUUUUUUUUUUUUUUUCCCCGUAAACCCAGAGAUUUUAUAAUUUAUUUUUUUUAACAUCUGCACACUGGAUCGGGCGAUUCCGGCAAGCCGCGGUGAAGCCAACCUACAUCCUCUCAUGUCACCCCGUAUCAAAACACAAAAGAAUUGGAGUAAAAGAGAUUUAUUACGUAUAAUUUUCAUCGCCCUGGUGAAGUCUCCCAGCGCUGCUCUCCCCCGGGGUGCCGAUCUUUGCCGCACGGGCGUUUGGCACGGAGAUGGAUUUUCUGCGCCGGUUGGAGCCCUGAGUCCCACCCCGGCGCUCCGAACCCUUGGAAACAGACGCCACACCCACCCCAUUUUGGUGUAAUUCCCCCCAUUCCCGCGGCAGGAGGCACGCGGGGGGCUCCGCUCCCCCCUUCCCCGGCCGGUUUUGGUUAUCCCGAAUCCCAGGGAGGGAAUUGGAUUCCCGCGGGAUGGCCGGGAACUGGAGGAGGAGGAGGGACGCUGGGAGGAAGCUUCUCCCAUCCCCGGCAAACGAGUGCACCAACGGCCACCUGAUGUGCGCCGGCUGCUUCAUCCACCUCCUGGCAGACGCUCGGCUAAAGGAGGAACAAGCCACUUGCCCGAAUUGCCGGUGCGAGAUCAGUAAGAGCUUGUGUUGCCGAAAUCUGGCUGUGGAAAAAGCCGUCAGCGAGUUGCCUUCCGAGUGCGGCUUCUGCAUGCAGCAAUUCCCCCGAUCCCUCCUGGAGCGGCACCAGAAAGAGGAAUGCCAGGACAGGGUGACCCAGUGCAAAUACAAGCGGAUCGGGUGCCCGUGGCAGGGUCCGUACCACGAGCUGACGGUGCACGAAGCCGAAUGCACCCACCCCACCAAAACCGGCAACGAGCUGAUGGAGAUUUUAGACGAAAUGGACCAAACGAGGAAAAAAGAAAUGCAGCUUUAUAACAGCAUCUUCAGCCUCCUCAGCUUCGAAAAGAUCGGCUACACAGAGGUGCAGUUCCGCCCGUACCGCACCGACGACUUCAUCACGCGCCUGUACUACGAGACGCCGCGCCUGACCGUCCUCAACCAGACGUGGGUGCUCAAAGCUCGCGUCAACGACUCGGAGCGUAACCCCAACCUCUCGUGCAAGCGCACGCUCUCCUUCCAGCUCAUCCUCAAGAGCAAGAUCAACUCGCCGAUGGAAUGCUCCUUCCUCCUCCUCGAGGGACCCUACGACGACGUCAAGAUCCGCCCCGUCAUCUACCACUUCGUUUUCAGCAACGAGAGCAACGAGACGGAUUACAUGGCGCUGCCCAUCGUCGACUCCGUGGAGUGUAACAAACUGCUGGCGGCUAAAAACAUCAACCUGCGGCUUUUUAUAUUUCAGAUUCAGAAAUGAGACGAACCGGGGGG